CAGCAUAGGCACUCACUUGCUUGAGGAAAGAGACUCUGAAACGAUGCCUGAACCAGCGAAGCCAGCGCCUAAGAAGGGCUCCAAGAAAGCCGUUGCCAAGACCGCCGGCAAGGGCGGCAAGAAGAGGAGAAAGACCAGGAAGGAGAGCUACGCCAUCUACGUGUACAAGGUGCUGAAGCAGGUCCACCCCGACACCGGCAUCUCCUCCAAGGCCAUGAGCAUCAUGAACUCCUUCGUGAGCGACAUCUUCGAACGCAUCGCCGGAGAGGCCUCCCGCCUGGCCCACUACAACAAGCGCUCCACCAUCACCUCCAGGGAGAUCCAGACCGCCGUCCGUCUCCUGCUGCCCGGUGAGCUGGCCAAGCACGCCGUGUCCGAAGGCACCAAGGCCGUCACAAAGUACACCAGCUCCAAGUAAACGUCCCGUCAGCCUAAACACAACAAACCAACGGCUCUUUUAAGAGCCACACACUUCAUCUGUGAAGGCAAAUGCUCCUCAGUUUAGUGGUUUUACUGAAUAUAUAAAAAUGAGAAACAAACUAAUAAAUACUCAGAAUGUGGUUUAAUAAGUAAACCUGCUUUUAUAUACAGCUUUGUUUUA